CCAUUCAAUGUGUUUCUUCCCCAGCAAUAUACAAAGGCCGGUUCUUCCCUUGCAUAUCAUUUAAUUCCGAAAUUACAGGAAAAGGGAACGAUACAAUGGCAUCAAAACUGGUUCAACGAAUGGAGUAUGUUCAUCCGGUCAUUUUCUCUUAAUUGCCGCAAAAGGGUUAAAGGGGGAAGACGAAAUCAAUCCAGCAUGACCCAAAUUUGCCAUAAACCACUAUAAAAUCCAAGUAAGAACAAAAGGAUUAUGAUGAUGUAGUUUCCCAAUCUAAAAAAGCAAAGAAACCACUUCGCAGUUGCCGUUUCCCCACCGCCAAACUGCACCGCCGAUUGAGAGGACGCCUGGAACGACGCGAGGGAGUAGGUCUGGCGAUCGGCUGCGGUUUAGGGACGGAAGGUAUGGAACCAAUAGACAAAUCUUGGAUACAAUUGAAGAAUCGGGCAUGCACAUAGUACAUUGCGGGAGUGGAG